AAAUUUUAAUUUUGAAUCCUGUAUCUCUAGUACCUGAAGGAUGAGGAUGACGACCUCGUGUCACCUCCUAACACAGAAGGAAACCAGUGGUAUGACUUUCUUCAGAACAGCAGCCACCUUAAAGAAAGUCCUUUGCUGUUUCCUUAUUAUCCUCGAAAAUCAUUGCAUUUUGUGAAAAGAAAGAUGGAGAACAUUAUUGAUCAGUGUUUGCAAAAGCCAGCAGAUGUAAUUGGAAAAUCAAUGAAUCAAGCAAUCUGCAUUCCCUUAUAUAGAGAUGCUAGAAGUGAGGACACUACCCGUAGAUUGUUCAAAUUUCCUUUUCUGUGGAAUAAUAAGACUUCAAAUCUGCAUUAUCUUCUUUUUACUAUUUUAGAAGAUUCACUUUACAAAAUGUGCAUUUUAAGGAGACAUACUGAUAUUUCCCAAUCUGUAAGUAAUGGACUAAUUGCUAUUAAAUUUGGGAGCUUCACAUAUGCCACAACAGAAAAAGUGAGAAGAAGCACCUAUAGUUGUUUAGAUGCACAGUUUUAUGAUGAUGAAACUGUAACGGUAGUUCUUAAAGACACUGUAGGACGUGAAGGAAGAGAUAGACUCUUGGUCCAGCUGCCAUUGUCUUUGGUGUAUAACAAUGAAGAUUGUGGAGAAUAUCAGUUCACCGGGACUUACUCUACAAGGCUGGAUGAGCAAUGCAGUGCCAUCCCCACACGCACCCUGCAUUUCGAGAAGCACUGGAGGUUACUGGAGAGCAUGAAGGCACAGUAUGUUGCUGGCAAUGGUUUUCGAAAAGUGUCCUGUGUGUUAAGCUCAAAUCUCCGUCAUGUGAGAGUGUUUGAAAUGGACAUAGAUGACGAGUGGGAGCUGGACGAGUCCUCCGAUGAAGAGGAGGAGGCCGGCAACAAGCCCAUGAAGAUCAAGGAAGAGGUGCUGUCUGAGUCAGAGGCCGAGAGCCAGCAAGCCAGGGCUGCUGAUUCAGCUCCAGAGAUAGUCAUCAAAUUGGAGAAGGUCGAGCCCGAGCUGGGCUCGUGACCCUUCUGUAUGUUCCCAUCAUGCUGGGCGGGGCGUGGGAGGGGGGCAAGGGUGUCUUGGACCAUU